AUGCCACUGCACAACAUGUACAAGAACUCAACCGUGGACGGGUUGCUUCGACGAGGAUUUACCAGGUCGGUCACCGCCGACGUCUUGGAUGAAGACGAAUCUUUCUCGAAGCCCUCGACCUCCGCGAAGGUGCUCCCGAGGGCGGUGACUUUCGAUGCCGAGGUGGCGUCACAGGUCACGGAGACACAGUUCACGGAGACAGAGCUGAAGGUGUAUCGACAGAGGGAGGGGCAGGAAGAGGCGAAGAAGGCGCAGAGGCUCAUACGUUCUGGCACCAGGACGUCGGAGGAGGAGAAGGGGAAGACCAUAGCCCGGGCCAAGUCCACCGUCUCCGACGAGUCCGACGAACCCGACGCCCGGCGCCAGCGCAAGCACGCCGACGGCCCGGCGGAGGCGCGGUCGACCGCCUUCGUCGAUUCGGAGCGCUUUACUUGCAUUAUGGGGGCCAUUGUCUUCAUGAACGUCAUCACCAUCGGCGUGGAGGCAGACUAUGACGAUCUCGCCCCCGCGCUGUUCAACAACGUGAACGUUGGGUUCCUGUUGGCGUACUUCACGGAGCUCUGCGGCAGGUUCCUGGCCCACGGGACGGACGAAUUGAGGGACCGGGUGACCAUCAUGGAUGUGACGAUAUUCUUCGUGACGAUCAUCGGGCGGUUGGUCUGGCAGGAACAGCGCGGCUUUGUGAGCGCGCUCCCAUCGUUUCGGUUGCUUCGGGUCGUGCGGCUGCUGGGCAUGUCGAAGGAGUUGAAGGACCAGAAGGAGCUGGUCGCGCUGACCGAGGGCGCCUACGGCCACAUGAUGACACUGCUGUGGAUGAUACUGCUUCUGUUUUUGAUGAUGCUUGCCAUUGCGACAUUCGCAUACAAGGUGGUCGGCGAGUCUGCGGAGUGGAACGAGACGCGCGACCCGCUGGAGGACUACGAGGCGUUCGAGGCAUUCGACAACCGAGAGUACUUCGGAAGCCUCAGCAGAAGUGUCCUCAGCCUCCUUCAGGUGACGACGCUGUCGCACUGGGCCGACGCCAUCGCGAGGCCUAUUGUCGAGGUCUACCCCGCCACGUUCGCGUUUUUCACCUGCUUCCUGUUCGCCACGUCGUACGGGCUCGUUCUGUGCGUCGUCUCGAACGUUGUGAUCAGGUCGAUGACAUCGUCGAAGGGGCUCGAGGAUGCGAAGCACAGAAGCGCCAGGCAGGACCGCGAGGCGCUUGCAGAGCGCGCCUGGCAGGUGUUUGCGAGGGUGGACAAGGACGGGGACGGGUUCCUUACCGCAAGCGAGUUCGCAGAAUGCAUGGAGGACCCGCUGUUGAUAGACUUGUUUCAGAGGCUCGAGGCGCCCAUUCUGGAGGAUCCGGAGGAAAUGGUCCGUCUCUUCGACCACGAGAACGCUGGCACCGUGACGUAUUACAAGCUGGUGAGGGGCCUGCUAUCAUUUGGCGAUCCCCUGAACGAAAAGGACUGGAUGAGAUGCUCCAUCCGCGUGUACAGCCUGCUCAGGCGUGCACAGAAAAUGGAAGAGAGGCUUGAGGACAUGCUGGAUCAAAUAUCGUACGCCCGGAAGAUGAUCGCAGGAGCCAUCCGCUCCAUGAACCAAGUCGUGGACAUGCUGGCCGAGAAGCGGGUGAGGACAGAAAUCUUCGAGCGCAUGCGCAGCGGCCCAGAGGCGGCGUCUCCGCUCGUGCUCGUAGGAGCCGAGGACAGGCGGGGCACCCGGCCCCCCCCCGCACAGGGCUCGGGUCUGCUUACCUUCGCGCAGCGCUUCGUAGGCUUCGUGCCUUCACCCAAGAGCCUGACAGGCGCCACGCCCCUGGCGUCGUCGGCCGCGUCCUCGCCCAAGAGCGUCCUUCAGCUCACCCCGCCGGGCUCGCCGCUGCGCCAGGCCGCAACCCCGGGCACCGUGGCCGAGGAGCCGCCCAGUCCCCUGCCGCCCGCGGCAGCGGCAGCGACCACCGUCGCGGCCGUGGUCUGCGGCAGGGCGCGGCUGGGCGAGCCGCCCGGCCGCUUCGAGGCCGAGCGGGACAGGGCGCGCCGCGAGCAGCGCAGGGCCGAGGACCCGUACGGGGUGACCAUCGGCGCCGACGGGGCUGCGUCGAAGCCCGCAAGGCACCUGCCCCUCUGGUCCGGUGGACUGCCCAAGGCAGGCACGACGUGGCCGCUCGUCUCGAGCGCAAAAGUGGACGCCUCCAGCCAGCCCCUCGCCGUAGCUCUCAAGGUCAGUCCGGAGCCCCCCAGGCGCGGCCAGCGCGCCCAGAGCAACCGGCGCGGGGCUGCCCUGGCGGCGGCUUGCGCCGGAGACAGUUGCUGCCCUGCGCUGCUGGCGCCACGACAGGCGUAUCGGCGCCGCCUUUGCCAGCGCGGGCGCCCCCCGCGUUCCUUUCGGAGGCCCGCGGCUGAAGGGCGCCUUGCCGCGCACGGCGGCCCGCCGCGCGCUGGGCCUCGGCGCCGCGGGCGCGGAGGACAGCACCGCGUGCUGCGCGGAGCUCCACGUCUGCGCAACCCGCGCGCUCUGUCCUGCGAGCGUGGCCGAGACCCCACACCCGUCCCGGAGUUGCACGACCGCGCCGGCGUCGACUCUGCCGCCUGCAACGACUCCGCCGCCGCUGGAAACGUCGUCUAUUCCGCCGCUGGGGACGCCGCCGGUGGACCUGACGACGGAGACGCAGACGACGUCGCCGUUGCCGUUGCCACCGACGACUGGCGGCUGGUCGACGCUGGGCACACUAGCCACAGCGUGCCGAGCACUUGGGACAUCUACGAGGCCAUCGACGGGGUUGUCAAGUGGGGCAAUGGCUGGAGGUCGGCAAAUUUCAGUGGGCCUGGGGCGUGGCUGCAGGUGAGCUUUGCGGAGAAGACAGCGGUUCAGUGCGUACGGCUCUAUCAGGAGAGCACCGACAACGGUGGAUUUGAGUAUGUGGUCUCAGAGGUCGCUCUCCAGGGCCUCGACGAGUCACUGGGCGACUGGAGGGAAGCGUCCUCGUGGCGCGCGGGCACCGAGGACAUGGGGUCGCGCUUCCAGUUGCUGCCGGGCUGGCGCUGGAUCUUGGCCGCGCGCACAAGGGGUUAG